AUGGGGGUUGUUCUGCUAAGCAUUUUUCUUCAGUACUUGCUUAGCACGGUCGAAGGGACGUGUUCAUCUGGCAGCGCGCUGACUUGUGACGAGUGUCUGCAAUUGGCCCCCGAGUGCGCAUGGUGCACGUUCGAGAAUUUUACAGUCUUCAAUUCAAUAAGUGAACGAUGCGACACCCGGGAGGUUCUUAUGCAAAAGGGAUGCCCUGGCGGCUUUGUAGAAAUCCCAGUUACCAGGGUCAAGAUUCACAAGAACGAUCCUAUAGGAAAAGGAGGAAACCGUGCCAAUGUCACUUACAUUGCGCCCCAAGAAAUGUCUCUCAAACUGAGACCAGGAAGCAAGAUUACCUUCCAGGUCAAAGUUCAGCAGCCAGAGGACCAUCCAGUAGAUGUUUAUUAUCUCAUGGACCUCUCAGCAUCAAUGUAUGAUGACCUGAAAAUGAUCAAGAACCUUGGUACCACUCUGUCUACUGAAAUGGCCAAACUGACCAGUAAAUUCAGAUUGGGCUUCGGGUCAUUUGUGGAGAAGCCAGUUCUGCCCUUCAUUAAAACCACUCCAGAGGAGCUGAGAAACCCAUGCGUGAGUUCUGAGUUUCUGUGCCUGCCAACGUUUGGAUACAGACAUGUGCUCCCUCUAACGAGCAACACAGAGAGAUUUAACGAGAUCAUCUCAAACCAACACAUCUCUGCCAACGUCGACGUGCCAGAGUGCGGCUUUGAUGCCAUCAUGCAGGCCGCGGUCUGUGGGGACAGGAUUGGAUGGAGGAACGAUUCCAUGCGUCUGUUGGUGUUUGUCACGGAUGCAGACUCGCACUUUGGCAUGGACAGCAAAAUGGCGGGCAUUGUUAUCCCCAAUGACGGCCAAUGCCACUUGGACAACAACAAUGAGUAUUCUAUGUCCUCCCAAUUGGAAUACCCAACUCUGGGGCAGCUUGUUGACAAACUGAUUGAGAACAACAUCCUCCUCAUUUUCGCGGUGACUGAUAAACAGAGACAAAAUUAUGAGAAUUAUGCAAAUCUCAUUCCUGGUGCAACUGUGGGUGUUUUAGCAGAAGAUUCCAGGAAUGUGCUGGAACUGAUUAUGACAGCAUACAAGGAGCUGCGAUCAGAGAUUGAAAUGGAGAUUCUUGGCGACACUGAGGAUUUGCAAAUCUCCUUCACUGCCAUCUGUCAGGAUGGGACCAUCCACCCAGGGCUCAAACAGUGCUCCAAUAUUAAGGCCGGUGACGCGGUGUCAUUUAACGUCACGGUGGAGUUGGACAGCUGUCUCUCACGGCCACAGCAGUUCCUCAUCAGGCCUGUUGGUUUCCAGGACGCUUUGGAGGUGGAGGUGACGUCUCUCUGUAAAUGUGACUGCCACCACACACCAGACCUGAACAGCCCCCAUUGCAGCAACGGCAGGGGGGCCCUGGAAUGUGGUACGUGUGUGUGUAAUCCUGGAUACAUGGGACCCAGGUGUGAAUGCUCAGAAGACCAAAGCCAUGUCACCAACUGCAGGGCUCAUGAGGGUGUAGAGAUGUGCAGUGGACAGGGGGAGUGUUUCUGCGGACAGUGCGUGUGCAACCCGUCGAGUUUUGGCCGUGUGUACGGGGCCUACUGUGAGUGUGAUGACUUCUCCUGCCUGCACUUCAGGGGCAACCUCUGUGGAGGUCAUGGUGACUGUGACUGUGGAGAGUGUGUGUGUCACAGAGGCUGGACAGGAGAGUACUGUAACUGUAGUACCAGCACUGACACUUGUGUGUCACAGGAUGGAACAAUCUGCAGUGGAAGAGGAAAAUGCGUAUGUGGGAAGUGUGUUUGUUCUGUGCCUGGAGCCUCAGGAGACACUUGUGAGAGAUGUCCUACCUGUGGAGACAUUUGUAGCUCAACCAGGGCUUGUGUUGAGUGUCAUCUACAAGCAAAAGACCCCACAGAAGAAUGUAUCCAGAAGUGCAACGUCAUUCGCACGACUGUUAGCAAUUCUACAGAUUUUGAGGAGAGCCAAGCUGUCCUGUGCAAUCUGCAGAGUGAGAACGAUUGUUUAAUCUCCUUCAGCCUGGUCGACAGAGAGCUGGACAAGACUGUCUACAAUCCCCAAAUCUAUGACUGUCCAGAGCCUCCUAACAUACCAGUGAUUGUGGUGGGUGUGUCUCUUUCCAUCCUCACUAUUGGUAUCAUACUCCUGGUAGUCUGGAAGCUUCUCGUGUCUGUACACGAUCGCAAAGAAGUGGCCAAAUUUGAGGCAGAGAGAGCCAAAGCAAAAUGGCAGUCGGGCACAAAUCCUCUUUUCAGAAGUUCAACAUCAACAUUUAAAAAUGUGACUUACAAAAGUACUGGACAGAAAGUUGAUAUUUGA